AUUCGAGUUCUUCCUUUUAGAAGCAGCUAGAAGAUUUUUGCCACAUACUGAAGUUAUUUCCGCAUUCUUGUCUCUUUUAUUCAGCGCUAAUUUCACUGGGUUUGCAAAAUGAGUUCAAACUUCACCAUCAGCCUGUUUCUCCUUGCCGCCAUCGCAUGCCUGUCCCAAGGAUGCUGUCCUGAGAGGUUCAUGCAAGUUGGUAACCGGUGCUAUUAUUACAACUCAAAUGAGGUGGAUUGGCACGAUGCACGUCAUGCAUGCAACCGACUUGGGGCGCAUCUAGUCAGCAUCCACAACUAUGAGGAUAGUAGAGAAGUCUAUGUUCUAUGGAAGAGUUUAGUCGACGAUGAUUACCUUAAUACUUGGCACAGGGCCUAUUGGAUUGGACUAAAUGACCUGCAAAACGAAAACGUCUUUGAGUGGAGUGAUGGGACCCCUAUGGAUUACUCUUUGUGGCAUCCCAUCGAACCUAACAACAACAACAAUGGGGAAGAUUGUGUGUCUCCUAAAAACCUUGGUAGCAAUGACUUUGACAGGCAGAAGUGGAAUGACUCCGGCUGCGGAAACAGGAAACCCUACUUCUGCCGCAGAUCUGUCAUCUCCUAA